AAUUUGAAUCGGUGCUGAUUGGUCCAGGGGCGGUGUCCUGUCAGCAGCGCUGGAGUUCAACCAAAAAUCCGAGCAUUUACAAUUUAACGAUUCUUUGUUGGAAAGGUAUUUUCAGCCUUCCGUUAUUCUUGCAGUCCACAAUGAACCCUUCCUGCGAUUCUGAUAUCGACGAGGAUUUAGAUACGUAUCUGAAAGGUUUAAGAGAAAGGGCUAACAAGAGCAUACAGAAACUGAAAUGUACUCUGGAAGGAAAACUUCAGGUGGAUUCCUCUGAACUAUCUCCAGUGGUUGGACCUGACACCAUCCAAGGAAACUGUAGGAAUCUCUCAGAGACGGCCGAUAGUCACUGUGAAAUGGCAUGGCAGGAGUUACAACAUAGUCAUGCAGUGAACGAGCUCAGAACCUUGUUGCGGGAACAAGAAAUUAUAGAAGGGACAGGUUCACCAUCUACAACCGGGACAUGCCGUAUGAGACAAGGAAAAGAUUCUGAUCACUCACCAUCUGUUCAAGAUCUGGUACCUAUUCUUAAUGAACAAUCAGAAUACAUUCAACAUUUGGAGGCAGAAGUCAAGCUUUUCAAGGAGGAAUUUACACGAGUGAAACAGCGGGUGCAGGUUGUUGUGGUUGAAAAUGAAAAACUUCAGGAAGAGUUAAAAUCGAGAGCAACUCAUGAUGCUUUGGAUGAACCAUCCGUAUGCUCUUUCUCACAACAUUCAAAAGCUGUCUCCCCAGUUGAUCAAAAAUCCACCAGAACACACAAGGUGCAGGAGACCUCUUCGCCAGCAAAGCAGCAGAAAUGGCCAUCAUGCACACUGCCACGACGAGAGUGCAGUACUAUUAAAGAAGAAAUCAAAAAUUGGCAGCUUGAAGUAGAAAACCUAGAGACUCUUUACCAAGGGAAGACAGCAACUCUGGAGCUUCAAAUUUCAUUACUAAGAAAAGACCUAUCGGAAUCGCAAAAGCAAUGUCAUGAGUUCAUUGAACGAUUAAAACAUCAAGACGCAUUACUCGCGGUGAACUGUACAGAUCGUGUCGGUGGCCUUUGUUUGAAAUGUGCCCAGCAUGAGGCAGUUAUGGCCCGGACUCAUAGUGAUGUACAUAUGCAAUCUAUAGAGUGCUUAAGAAAUGAAAAAGAUGAACUGAUGUGUAUGCUGUCAAAUAUGAGAAGCAACCUAACUGAAAUGCAGGCCAGGGAAAAUUCUGCAUAUCAGCAGGUGAAACAUACUACGGAGAUAGCAGAAGAAGCUAAUUUGGAGAAGAUACAGGUUGUGGUCCACUGUGAGCAGCUGAAGAGUGAGUUGAUGCGCCAGAAAGAGGGGCUAGAAAGGGAACUAGCUUGUCAGCAAGAAAAAAUUGCAAAUGCCAAGAAAACUGUACAGGAAGAAAUGAGGAAAGAGAGGGAAGAGCUGACAUCAAAGGUGAGCUGUUUGUCGGAGAAUGUCGCAUGUCUUGAAGGUCAGUUGCAGAGGCUGGUGAGGGAGAAGGAUUCGGUAUGUAGCCAACUGGAAGCAACUCAGAAGCAACUAAAAUAUACCGAGAUGGAGACUAAUAAGGAAUCUGGUGAAUUGCGUUAUCAGCUGAAUCAGGCCAAAAUUAAGAAAGAAGAGACCGAGAAGGAAUUGAGAGUGCAACGAGCAAAAAUGUCACGGGAAUUGGAACUGCAAGGACAGGAGAAACAGAAACUUGAGCUGGAAAUUAAUGAAACUAAGUGUCAUUUGGAGCACGUCCAGCAGGAUGCAGCAAAAACGAAGGAUGAAUAUCUAAAGCUGAUAGAACUACUGAGCAAAGCCGAGCACCAACUGCACCUCACCAGGAUGGAAAAGGACAGUCUCCUUCGCAGUCACAGUGAUGAUGUCAAAGCCCUGGCCUUUCAAUCUAAACACCGUGAACAAGAGCUAACAGAAAAGAUACAGCAAAUGGAGACCCAGCAUGAUAAAACUGCUGAUUGACCUAUCGAUGACUGCUAUUACAACACCCAGCUUGCACUGCCACCAUGACCCCUUCCAGGCCGGGCUGCCGAUGCCACCCCGGCUUGCACUGUUUCCCUGGCUGUUCCAGGCCGGGCUGCUAACGCCAUGCCUGGCCUGCACCACCACUCGGGCCACUUCCAGGCCGAGAAGUUGAUGCCAGACCACACAGCCUCCCCGGCCGCUACCAGGCGGACCUAUUGCUGCCCACACCGGCCCACACAGCUUCCUUGGCCACUUCUAAGCUGCCGCCACCGUCGACCGUUACUUACACUCCGUCGAUCCUCGUCUCCUCCCCAGAUUCCAGCAGGCCCGAGCCAUCAACUCACCUGGAUUCCAGGCCCAGUUCCAGACCGAGAGUCUGAAGAAACGUCACCUAUCCAUGUUCUCCAGAGAUGCUGUCUGACCUGAUGAGUAAAGGGCUCUCCCACUUGGGCGUCAUUUGCGCGUCAUUUACGUGACAGGACGUGCGACUGUCCCGCGAAAAUUGUCUAGUAGUACGACAGUCGCACGCCAAGUGCUCUUGAGGGCCCUGCUUCUUUUCCCUGCUCCAUUUGUAAUGUCGUUUGUACUUAGUCCGAUCUCCGUGGCAAGGAUUUUCCCAGUGAAAAAUUUUCAAAACUACGCACGCUUUAUACCCAGGUGGGCACGUGGUGCGGCGCUCAGAAGAUGCGCAAAUGGCGCGCCGAUGGCGCACGGGCGGCGCAUAGUUACGGACGUUGACGCACUGUGAAGCAUAAUAAGUUAGCAUAGGCAAUGUUCGUGCGUCACCGUGCGUAACCAUGCGUCACCAUGCGCUACACGUAUGCUGUCGGUACGUCAGCGUAUGCCAUCAGUACGUCAGCGUGCGCAAGGGAUACGUCACGCAGGUGGCACGCGAGGAGUUUGAACACUCCAAAAUCCUGGGGCGCCGCUCGUCACCGCACGUCACUGCAUACGCCACCAUCCUCACCACGCGCCAUGAGCGCGUCACGACGCACCAACCAAUUUUUAGGAUGUCGCGUAACUGACGCCCAAGUGGGACAGGCCCUUUACUCCAGCAUUUUGUGUUUUUUGAGUAUUAACCAACAACUGGAGUUGUUUUUUUCUAUUACUAUUAUAAUGAUAAUCCCUUGUUCAAUUCUAGCAGACAAUCGGCAAUAAUGGACACCAUUCCUCCCCCUAUGGCCCAUUAUAAUGAAGGUUUACUGUAUUAUCUAUCUCAGUUCCCAUGUGGUUUUUUUGACGGUAUGAUGUCUGUAAUAUGGUGAAUGGCAGUAAAGGAUGUCAGGAAAUGUAGGAACGUGAAACUCCAAAAGAAAAAAGGAGAAUAUCAUUAUAGAAAUUUAUGGUUAGAAAAAUAACAGAGCCCUAGAAACAGUGAAGAAUACUGGGAAAAGAGGUGUGUGCAGAGGAAAGCUCCUGAAUAUUUUAUAAGGAAUCAAUUUUGUAUUUUCUUUAUUAAAAUAUUUACUAUUAGUUUUCGCAUUGCAUAUUUUUGCAUAUUUUCUAACGUGACAUUUUCAUAAUUAUAAUAUUCAAGGUGAAUGUGUGAAG